AUUUACGGCUGCCUAACAUAUGUUAGCGUAUACGGCAAUGUAACGUCAAGUACUCCGGUUGGCCCCCUAGAAGGAUAAGCUCGUAUAUCCCCUGUUCAAAAACCUGUAGUUCCACCUCCUUGUCCCCCCUUUCCCCAAAAUACCAUAUCCAUACGUGUCCGUCAGCACAACAAUGGCCGCACAAUCCUCCACACCCUCCACGCCCCCUGACCCCUUCCGCUCCAAGCGCCUCAUCUACCGUGCAAUCGAAGACAACGAAGAAGACACAACCUUUAUCCAAAACCACCUCAACGAGCCCGCCAUGUACCUCCUAAGCACCGAAGUCCUGCCCCGCCCCAGGACACAACGCAACGCCACCGAGUUCGUUGCCCGACAGCAGUCGCAGCUGCUAGGCGUAAUGGUCUGCCUACCCUCAGAGGAUGCCGGCUCCGAAGACGACUGGCGCAAGGCAACGCCCAUCGGCCGCGUCUCGCUGAAGAACCCCAUGGGCGCGCUAACGGCGCACCAUCGCAACGCCCUGAUUGGGAUCUCACUGAUUGCGUCGGUGCGUGGGCAGGGGUACGGGCGGGAAGCGAUCAACUGGGUGCUGGAUUGGGCGUUUGAGAUUGGCGCGUUGCAUCGCGUGUCGCUGGAGGUGCUUUCCCAUAAUGAACGGGCGUUGGGGCUUUAUCGGUCCCUGGGGUUUGUGGAGGAGGGGAGGCUGCGCGAGGCGGUUUGGCAGUUUCGGAAGUGGCAUGAUGUUAUCACGCUUGGGAUGUUGGAGGGGGAGUGGUUGAAGUUGAGGGGGAGAGAGGAGUAGUAGGGCUGGUUAGAGCGGUUGGGUUGAGUGACAUACGGGAAGGCUGCUCCUGCAAGGACUUUGAAAAUCGAAUCUUAUAGACCAACAACAACAUGGGGGUACUGUUAGGAAGGAGCGAAGUACCUCCAUAAGACCUCCUAAUCGUCAGGAAACCUCUUCAUCUUCAUCAGGCAUCUCCUAAUAUUAUUGUAUUUGCACGGGAGCUGUUGAGUAAGAAUAUAGGUUGCUAAUCGUAUACCUGAUUAGGAGAGCGCCAUUAUUCUUUGAUAUGGACCUGCUACUGGUUCGAGCGCUCUAUUGUACCAUGGGUGAACCCUCCAGGUUUUUAUAGUCAUGCUUGAAACAGUUGACCCACCAUCUUGGGGACAGCGCGUGGACUUUACUCCCGCGUUCGAGAACUUUACUCAAAAGCAAGUAAGAAUACGGCCCGCGGUGUAUCUGUGCCUACGGUAAUUUCUCGUGCGAUGGCGGCGUGAGGCUUCGCAGAGAGUAUCGUUUGUGUGGUUUGUCCUUGUAUACUAAUAUUCUUUGCUCCGGAUUAUGUACAUAGAUCGCAUAAUCACUAUGAAAUCCUUGAUCCGUCCUGUUUGUCAGCCUAACUAGACUAGCCAUUGAAACUGAUG